AUGAAGCUCACCGCUGCCCUUGCGCCUCUUCUACUGGCUCCCCUCGCCGCCGCCGAACACACCUCGAACUGGGCAGUCCUCGUUGGCACGUCGCGCUUUUGGUUCAAUUACAGGCACCUCGCGAAUGUUCUCUCACUAUAUCGUACGGUGAAGCGUCUCGGGAUCCCCGACUCGCAGAUAAUUCUCAUGCUGCCUGAUGACAUGGCCUGCAAUCCCCGCAAUGCAUUCCCAGGAACCGUGUACAACAAUGCCGACCGCGCGCUCGAUCUAUAUGGAGACAACAUCGAGGUGGAUUAUAGAGGAUACGAAGUCACGGUAGAAAACUUCAUAAGACUUAUGACGGACAGAGUAUCAGAGGAUAUGCCACGAUCCAAGCGGUUGAUGACAGACGAGCGGAGCAACAUAUUGGUGUACAUGACGGGGCACGGCGGGAACGAGUUCUUGAAAUUCCAGGAUGCGGAAGAGAUCUCGGCCUACGAUCUAGCAGACGCUUUCGGCCAGAUGUGGGAGAAGAAGCGCUACCACGAGAUGCUCUUCAUGAUCGAUACAUGCCAAGCCAACACCAUGUACUCCAAGUUUUACUCACCGAACAUUUUGGCGACUGGAUCCUCUGGGAUCGACCAGUCUUCAUAUUCGCACCAUGCAGACAAUGACGUGGGCGUUGCUGUCAUUGAUCGAUACACGUACUACAAUCUCGACUUCCUCGAAAAAAACGUUCGCGACCCGACCUCAAAGGUCACCAUGGGCGAACUAUUUGACAGCUACAACCCAGCCGACAUGCAUUCAGACCCUGGCAUCCGGUAUGACCUGUUUGCCGGUGGAGAAGGUGGUGCUAGAUCAAGAUUGAUCAUGGACUUCUUCGGAAACGUUCAAAAUGUGGAAAUUGACGCUGGGACCCAGAAAAACGAGACUCAGUGGCGUGAAGAGCUAGAAGCUAUUGACAAGAUGAUUCUGGAGGCUAAGCAGAGACACAACAUGUCACUCAAUGUGAGACCGCAGGCUCAGCACGUAAUUGAAGAGGCAGCUGCGAUGGAGCCACAGCCACAUCAGAGCAUAAAGAAGCCCGGCCCUGUAAAGGCAGACACAGAUUUUGCAUGGUCGAAACAAAUCGUCGGGGCCGCAGCAUUGCUAGGAUUCGCCGGUGUUUGGGCCGCAGGAUCCUGGAUGGAGUCGCUUUGA